GCGCGGGGCCGCGGCCGUGGCAGCUCCGCGAUGCCGCCUCCGGAGCCCAUGCCCGGCUACGGGGAGCUGCUCCGCCGGGGCUACGGCAGCCUGGCCGCGGCCGCCCGGGGCUGCGGGGACUGCGGCUGGGAGCUGGCGCGCCGCACCUGGGCCGAGAACGCGCACCUGGGCUGGGCGGAGGUGCUGCUGUGCGGGCUCUGCGCGCUGGGCUGGACCGCGCUGCGCCGCGCCUGCUCCCGCCGCCUCUUUCGGCCCUUCGGGGAAUGGUGCAACCUGCAGCCCAAAGAUGCUGCCAAGAUGCCCGAGAGUGCCUGGAAGCUGCUUUUCUACUCCUUGUCCUGGUCCUACGGCGCCUACCUGCUCUUCUGCACCGACUACCCCUUCUUCCACGACCCCCCCUCGGUCUUUUAUGACUGGAAGCAGGGCAUGGAGGUGCCCACGGACAUCGCCAUUGCCUACCUGCUGCAGUGCAGCUUCUACGGGCACUCGCUGUACGCCACCGCCUACAUGGACACGUGGCGCAAGGACUCGGUGGUGAUGCUGCUGCACCACGUCGUCACCCUGACCCUCAUCGCCUCCUCCUACGCCUUCAGGUACCACAACGUGGGCAUCCUGGUGCUGUUCCUGCACGACGUCAAUGACGUGCAGCUGGAGUUCACCAAGCUCAACGUGUACUUCAAGCACCGGGGCGGGGUCUACCACCGGCUCAACGAUGUCAUCUCCAACAUCGGCUGCCUCACCUUCAGCGUCAGCUGGUUCUGGUUCCGUCUCUACUGGUUCCCCCUGAAGGUGCUCUACGCCACCUGCCACUCCAGCCUCCAGUCCGUCCCCAACAUCCCCUUCUACUUCUUCUUCAACGCCAUGCUCCUCGUGCUCACCCUGAUGAACAUCUACUGGUUCCUGUUCAUCGUGCUGUUCGUGGCCAAGGUGCUGCUGGGGCAGAUGCAGGAGGUGAACGACCUCCGCGAGUAUGACAUGGAGGAGAGCAGGAAUCCCAGGAAGAAGGAGGCUGGGAUCCAACUGCCCGAGGCUCUGAAGGAAGGGCUGCACCUCAAGAACGGCCUCGUGAAGGACAAGAGGUUGUGAGGGCGGCAUGGCCGUGGCCAGGGCAGCUGCCAGGGCCUGGCACUGACCAGGACCCUGCUCUGGGACCCUGCAAAGGACAGGCCCAAGGAGAACUUCACCCCUGACCCCCUGCCAGCCCUGCCUGGGGCCGGGGAGGACACGCCACUGACAGGAUUGUGCCCCUCGGGGCUGGGCUGUGCCCUGUCACCUGUCCCCUGGGCCUGGGGGCUCCCUGUGGCCCAGUCUGGCUGGGAGACUGGUGGUUUUGCUGGCCCAGGUAGGAUUUGAGGCUGGCUUUGUGUCCCUGGUGUUGCUCCUGUCGUUCUCAGCCCCGCUCUGAUUCCCCCUGGCUGGCACUGGACCCUCCCUCAGACCCUUCCCCAGCAGCUCCUGCAGGGUCCAGCUCCAAACUGGGCAGGGAAAGGUCCAGUCCUGCUCUGGGAAGGUGAUGGAGGGACCCUCAGAGCGUCCCCUCAGGAGGGACCACUGUCACCUGCAGCUCCUGUGGGCAGCUCCCACCUCAGGAGCUUUAUCCCAGCCCUCUGGAGGAGGCCCGGGAGGAUUAAUUUGCUUGAAAAGCCCGAGUAGGUCUUGGAGUGGCUUACGGAGUCUCACAGGGCCUCCUCCCUGAGCACCAUCCCCUUGCUGAAGGAAGAACAGAGAAUUCCUGCUCCCCAUGUUGGUUUUCCAGGCAGCUCCAGCCCUGCAGGUUCCCAGGUCCCUGUCCUGGGGAGCUCUGUGGGUUUGGGGCCCUCAGACCCCGCUGUCCCCUCGCUGUCCCCUCCCAGGGCCAGGACCUGCAGCUCCCUCCCUGCUGGGGACAGCAGCCAGAGGAGGGAGGGGGAUCCAGGGCAUUAAUUCCAGGUGUGAGAGGGUGGGAAUUUGUGGGAUUUUUCCAUGUUUGGUCCUUCACGUUGCUUCCCCUCCAGGCUCGUUGUGUGUGAGCCAGGGAAAGGUCCCGAAUGGGGCUGGUGGAAAUGUCCCCAAGCUGUGGCAGGGCCUUGUCCCUCUCUGUGACUUUCAGGGUGUCAGAGGAGCAUCCGAGUGCUGGAAUUCCUUGCAUUUCAGUGGGAUUCAGGGCAGGAAGGGAAUUGAUAACCCAGGGUGGGUCAGAGCAGAACUGGGGUGACCUUGGAGGGAUAAAACGGAGUUUUCCAGCUCUGGCUUAGAGCUGGGUGGCUGCAGCUGGUUUGGGGGGGGCUGUGACAGACGUGGUGGUGGCAGCUCUGCUGUGAUGGCCAGGAGGGGACCGUGGGACCUGGGGGU